AUGGAUGUGAUACAUGUUCUCAGCUUGAGGGUGGUGAUACUGCUUGGGCUCAGCUUGUGUAAACCUGAAUGGACAGUCUCUGCCCCGCUGACUCCACCUACUGAACUAGUGGAAUAUGUGACACCCACAAUAGAUGAGAGCGCAAGACUAGUGGAUUGGCUGACAAAAUAUGGCUACUUGUCUCAGCCUGAUUCUUCCACUGGCCAACUUCAGGCCUGGACAGCUGUCACAGAAGCACUGAAGGCCAUGCAGAGGUUUGCUGGUCUAGAAGACACUGGAACUUUAGAUGGAGAGACAUUAAGAUUGAUGCAGAGCCCACGCUGUUCACUCCCAGAUAAUGACGGCAGUCAGAUCAGUCCGGUGUCAGAUACUGAGGAUCAUGGUAGAAGGACAAAAAGGGAAAUAUCUACAUGGACUCGACGGAACAUUAACUGGAGGUUGCGUUCAUACCCUGUCUCCCCGACUCUGUCCCGUGACAUAACUCGCUCUCUAGUUUUCUAUGCUCUGAAGGUGUGGGCAGAGCCAACACUGCUUGAGUUUCAUGAGGUUGGAGGACCAUCGGGGGCAGAUCUGCAGAUUGAUUUCUUGCAUGGUUUCCAUGGUGAUGGGUACCCCUUUGAUGGGGUGGGUGGAGCUGUUGGUCACGCCUUCUUCCCCUCUGAUUCCGACAGAGCAGGUGAAGUUCACCUGGAUGCACAGGAGGAUUGGGCUUUCAGACAGCCAGCUUCUAAAGGCACGGAUACAUUUACAGUACUGGUGCACGAGCUUGGACAUGCCCUCGGACUCUCUCACUCAUCAGCACGGGGAUCUGUUAUGAGGCCAUAUUACCAGGGACCUCUGGGGGACCCACUGCACUUUAACCUUGGGUCUUCGGACCUUGAACUUAUCACUGCACUCUACGGAAAAAGGGGUGAUCCUUUACAGACAGACAGUCCUCUUCCAGAAGCCGACGUCCAGCUAAACCAACGUGGAGAGUCACACAAACUUACACACAGAUACCCACAAAGCCACCAGGACAGUCAUAUGUUGGAUAGGUGCAACACAAGUUUUGAUGCGGUUGCUAAAAUCAGAGGAGAGACAUUUUUCUUCAAAGGUCUUAGUAUGUGGAGGGUACAUACAGGAGGUCUGAUCUCUCGGAAAGCUGUGUCUGUGAGGAGACUUUGGGCCGCUUUGCCCACCUCUCUACCCCCACUGAGAGCUGUUCUGGAGAGACAUGAGGAUCACGCCAUCAUAUUUAUCAGUGGCUCUCAGUUUUGGAUGUUUAAAGAUCUGUCUCUUGAGGACGGCUUUCCCAAGCUGCUGUCUGAUCUAAGUCCUGCAGGAUCGGACGCACCUGGGUAUGGCUUACACUGGGACCCUGAUAAAGGAGUGACGUGGGGGCCUGUUGAAAAAGAAGGAGACAAAAGAGAGGAGGAAAAUCACAUGUGGACAGAGCUGACUAAAGAGGGUGUGAAUGGAAUUAUCAAAGAUAAUAAUGGUUCAUUGUACCUCUUCAAGGGUUCUUCCUACUGGAAAUUUUCCCACCCCUUCGCUGCCCCUGAGAAAGGAUACCCUCGUCCUGUGGCCACAGACUGGCUGAACUGCCCAGACCCUACCCCUCAUAAUCCAGCUGGCGUCUCCCUGACAUCUAUAACUGGUCAGCUUGAGCUGCAAAAGAGAAAAAAUCAAGGAGCAGCAGACCAGAUCAGGCACAGAGACAAAACCGCAGCAGGACCCAUACAAGAUCAAAAGGACUGUCACUGUUUCAACGAAGCAAUGCAAUAUAAUAUGGGUCUGGUUUUAGUGAUGCUUAGUCUACUCUUACACAUGGGUCAUAUUUACUAAGAUAAAUGCUAAUUGCAUAUAUUUUAGCAAGUUUGUUUAGUGACACAGAUAUGGUAUCUGUAUAAAUAUAAACACAGACAAAGUUUGCCUGAUUAGGAUAUGCCUAUAACCUAUAAAACAUUAUAACCAGUAUUAACCUUUGGAGUCUGUAGGUCUUCCUUUCAGCAAAAGCAGAGGGUGUACUGCCAUGUGCAUAUUGCUUGACUGAGAGUAUCUAAUGUCUGUAACAUUAUUAUCUUAUCAAAAAAUUAUCUUUUAAAUUAAAAACAUAUUUGUCUCAAGCUAAAGAGGAAGGGGUUUAGUUUUGUCUGCAAUUUCCCAGUGCCAGUUUGAGCAUGGACAUUGAAACACAGAUGGAUACCAGGAAACUAUACUCAUACAUUAUACAGUAAAUUAAUGUAAAUAAAUAGAAAGCAAAACAAAGCAGACAAAUAAAAUGUCUUAGUAAAUUCA